GAGCAAUUGAACUCGUACACCAAUUUCAGCCCACGAUCAACUCAUCCAGAACAACAUUCUAGUACCCAGCAUCACUCUAAAUAUUCAAAGAGUUGAGGGGUGUUGAUCUGACGACCUCUCCUGUUACAUAAAGCGACCUUCACCACCUCAAUACUUCUCUCAAUAUGGAGGUCCUCAUCGGUCUUACUGGCCGAGACUUCACCAUCAUUGCCGCCUCUAAAGCUGCCAUGCGCGGUGCCACGAUCCUCAAAUCUAGCGACGACAAAACCCGACAACUCAACAAACACACCCUUUUGGCCUUCUCUGGCGAAGCAGGCGACACUGUACAGUUCGCAGAAUUCAUCCAAGCAAACGUCGCUCUCUACUCGAUGCGUCACGAUACAGAUCUGGGGCCUUCCGCAGUGGCCAGCUUUGUGAGAGGAGAGUUGGCGCGGAGUUUGAGGAGCAGAAAACCAUACACGGUGAACUUGCUACUUGGGGGUGUUGAUCCGAUUACGCGGGAGCCAAGUCUUUAUUGGUUGGAUUACCUUGCGAGUAGUGUGAAGGUGCCAUAUGCCUGUCACGGAUAUGCUCAGUAUUACUGCCUCUCUAUCCUCGACAAACACCACCACCCAGACAUUUCCUUCGAGCAAGGCAUGAAGAUCCUGCGCAUGUGCACGGACGAACUACAACGACGUCUACCGAUUGACUUCAAAGGCAUGACGGUGAAAGUGGUCAAGAAAGAUGGCAUUGUGGAUAUGGAGUAUGACACUAGCAAACAGGUCCUGGCUGCUUAGAAGUGCGAAAAGGGAGAAUGAAAGGGAUAUUCAAUUGAUCACACCUCAUGCAUAGCGUCGGCGUAGAAAAGGCUUUAUCUGAGUAGCUCGAAUGCAGGAAAUGGGGUUCAUUUCAUUUAGGGAGCAUUAUAGUACGCUCUGCAGUCGAAAUGCCUAGGGCAUUCUUGGAGAUAGCCCUCUCUCCCUUUCCCUAAACCCGUCACGUCUCCUUGUUUUCCAUAGCUGCGACGGUGAAAUGGGUUGCCCGAAAAUUUCUAUCUUCCCACAAACAGCCCCUUUUUCUCCCAAAACGCCCUGCUAGAUAGUAUUCAGACAAGUAAUGCCAGCUGUUGAAACUCC